AUGCGAUUUACUUUGUUGUGGGCGUUUUUGUUGUCGUUCGCAGUGGCUAACAUAGCUCUGGAGAAGCCAACACAGGGUCAAACUUUCUCACCAAGCGGUGGAAAAUUAUCGAUCGAUGUGCAGUGGCACGAUGAUGGCAAGCAGCCAACGAUAGAUAAGUUUGAAUACUACACUGUAUUACUGUGUUACGGCUCCAAUUCGGAAGUUAAAUGUAUCAAGCAAACCAACCCUUUUACUGUACAGGCAGCGGAUGUGACCAAGGACGGCGACGAAUAUUCGGUUACGGCAACAUUUGACAGCACUAUUGCCGGAAACGGUCAGUAUUACCUACAGCUUUACGGUUUCAUCAGCGAUGACGGUGGAAAUUUGAUGCAAAGUAUUCAAUACUCGCCUCGUUUCCUCUUGAGCUCCAUGGCCGGAACCAUCACUCCUACCGUAUCCACAACGUCACAGCCAGCUAAUCAGGUACAAUACAACACGGAAACCAAUAAAGCAACCGGCGACAUAUCCAAAUCUUUCACAAUUCCAUAUACUGAACAAACGGGUCCCACGAGAUAUGCUCCAAUGCAAAUGCAACCAAGCGGUUCUGUAACAGCCACAACUUGGACGAGAAGGUUUGCAACAAGUUCAGUGACCUAUUAUUCAACGUUCUAUCCAUCUCAGGAACAAGUUAGUACUAUUACCCCUGGAUGGUCCUACACUAUCACCAGUGCGGUAAACUGGGCAACCCCCCAGCCAUACCCAAGUCAAAAUGGUGCCUGGUAUGACCCAAAAUCCAGACAGAGCCUAACUACAAGAAAGCUGAAUCAGAGCAACUUCAAGUCCUCAAGUGCUUAA